CGGCUAAUGACGUCAUUGUGAAAGGGGUGUAUUACUUUGCUUGGCUGUUCGAAAAUGGCAGCCUCCUUGUCGCAGGAGUUAGCUAAUUUGUUAAACCCGCAGCCAAAGUUUAGGGAUCCCGAGGACGAUCAGGACGAAGCCACUGUUGCCCGAGUCAUUGACAGAUUUGAAGAAGAUGGAAACGAGGAUGAUGUACCAAUGGUUAGCCAGCUCCGCAGAACUUCUGCAACACUUGUGGAUACAGACAAACGAUACUUGGGGAAAGCAACAUCCCGAAAGGAUUUGCAAGCAGAUUUUGAAGGAGAGUUAUCUGAUGAAGAUUCUGAUGGUGAUGAGGCAUCUUUGGAUGAGGAACUGGAAAGUGCUGGUGAGUCAGAUGAUAGUGAAGAGGAAAGUGGAACCGACGGUGAGGAAGACCUUGAAGUAGAUGAUUCUAGCCAGAGUCUAGAUGAGGAGAGUGAUCAAGAACCAGCUGCAGAUGAGGAUUCACAAAAACAAGAUUCAGGCAAUUCAGGAUUAGAAGAUGAUGGAGAAGUUUUGACAUUUUCUAAAGAAAAAGUAUCCAAAGACUUUGAAAAGGGCCAAGCUAUUAAAAACCAAAUUGCUAUUUGGGACCAGCUUUUGGAGGGACGAAUAAAAAUUCAAAAAGCUCUUCUCUUGGCUAAUCAACUCCCACAAUCCAGUGCUUUUGAAACAUUUAAGAAGGAAGGUGGUACAGAGUUCUUCAAAGCCCAAAAAAACAAUUAUAAAGCAUUGAAAGAGUUAAUGCGAUCCUUAGUGGAACUGCAAGAUGAACUGCUGUACCAGUUUCCAGAGACACAGUAUCUAAUUGAUGGAAAAAAAUGCAAAUCGCAAAGUGAAGACGAAAUCUCCAGUGAUGAAGAGAAUGAAGUGGAGGAGGAUACAGAAAAAUUGAAAAGGGAAAGAGCUCCUAAACGAAAGCUGGAAGUGGAUGAAUACCCAGAAUUCAUGGAAAAACGUUUUGCAUCAUUUAGAACUUAUCGGAAUAAUACGUUACAAAAGUGGCACGAUAAGACAAAGUUGUCAGGAAAAAUUGGCAAGGGUUUUGGAGCUUUUGAGCGUUCCAUAUUGACUCAGAUUGAGCAGAUUAUGAUGGACAAAGAGCGUCUACUGAAGCGCACACAGACAAAGCGUUCCUUUUAUCGGAUUUUAGGAAAGCCUUUGGAUUCACCAAGUGUGCCAGAGACUGUUCCUAAUGAAGCAGUGGAUUUUCAACAAGAAGGAAAGUCAAACUCUCAUUUAAAAGAUCAAGAUGAAGAAAUGUUUGAUGAUGAUGAUUUCUACCACCAGCUGCUUCGAGAAGUGAUAGAGCGCAAGACCAGCUCUCUAGAUCCCAAUGAUCAAGUGGCAAUGGGCAGGCAGUGGUUAGCAAUUCAAAAACUCCGGAGCAAGAUCAAGAAAAAAGUGGACACCAAGGCAAGCAAAGGGCGAAAAAUUAGGUAUCAUGUUCACAGCAAGUUGGUGAGCUUCAUGGCUCCUAUUGACCACAGCACAAUGAAUGAUGAUGCCAGAACUGAACUUUAUCAGUCGUUAUUUGGAAAAACCAAGUGUCAAGAUGAAGAAAAGCAAGUAUAGCAGAUGCUGAAGUUGGAAAGAUAAUCAGAACCCAGCCCUGUUGCUACAGAUUGCUACACAGCUUUGGAGGAAUUACACUACCAAACCAUCGAACUGGAUUCUUCCAUGAUCUUUACCUCUAAGUGAUAUCUGCCCAUGCUGCAUCAUGCAUAUAUACUUCCCGGGACUAUUGCUGUUUAUAUGCUAUUUUUGCAAGUCACUGUUUUAUUCUUCUUUGAACCUCAUUGGCAAUAAAUGCUGGUACCAUU